UCAUCUUGGCAUACGCUGUGGAAUAUGAUGUACACAUGAGGAUAGAGCUCUGAAUAAAGUUGGACUAUGGUUAUCCAAAACACAUUCUCCCUGAUCUUCGCCUGCUUCUGUGGGGUGAUACUGGGCAUUGGUUUCUGUGGCAACCUGCUGGUGUUCUCUCUGUUCGCCAAGUACAACUCUCUGAGGAAGAACCGCCUGGAUGUCCUACUGCUCAGCAUGGCCCUGGCUGACUUCCUCACCCUGCUACUGAUCCCAUUCACCCUGCACUCUGUUGUGAGCUACUCGUGGCCCCUGGGGGACACCGCCUGCAAGGUGUACCAGUUCUUCAUGGCCUUUUCCCUGGGGGCCAGCACCUACAGCCUGUGUGCCGUGUCCUUGACACGGGCUAUGAUCGUCGUCAACCCUUACCGCCCUCCCACCAUGGACCUGGUGGUUCUGAUGUUCGUCCUGGUCUGGGCGUCUGCCUUUUUCAUCAGCCUGCCCCUGAGGAUCUUCGCCACUAAGGAGAGCCAGGGACCCGGCCUGACCAACUUCACCUUCUGCCUGCCUACCAUCCAGGAGCACCAUUACCAGGUGGUCUUGAGCCAGUUCAUGCUCUACUACUUUCUGCCCAUGUUGGUGAUUGCCUUCAAUUACAUCCGGUUGGCCUGCUUCCUUCAUAAGAGCCCUGUCAUGUCCGAGGCCAGCGCGCGCAACACCCGGCGAGCCUCUGUCAUGGUGUUCCUGGCGGCCGGGACCUUCUCCGUGUGCUGGCUGCCUGGGUACAUCCUGGAGCUGUGCUUGUACUUGGAGCUCUACCAUCACGGACAGUCGUGGGAGAUGUUCUACUUCAUCUGCACGGUCCUCCAGUACCUCCACCCCUGCGUUAACCCUGUGCUGUACGUGCUGCUGUCCAAGAGGUACCGCCACCGUAGGGGCGCCUGGCUGUUUAACUGCAAUAAGAACCGGGUGCAGCCGCGGAUUGUCAGUGUCACCACAGAGACCUUAUGAAGUGGACCGACGGCUCCUAACCUUUUCCAUUCAGGGUUCCAGGUGGGGAUUUUCAUGAGGACCUCCAAAUCAGAGGCAAAAUGUCUCGAGGACCAGCACUGGUGGAGUCACACAAGUGCUU